AAAGUUGCAAUGGAGAAGCAGAGGGAGUUACAAGAUAAUCAACUACCUAUUGGAUGGAUUGGAGCUCAAGAUGAAAGAACUUGCGCUGUUUGUUUAGCCAGACUUUAUCGAUUCACCAGCAAAGGAAGAAAGUCCAGUGACACAACAAGCCUAAAGACCUGGUCAAAGGUUCUCUCAACUUAGUGUCAGUUUUCCUGAGGAAUGGAGGCCCUGACUAACUUCCUGAAGCUUUUCCCACUACAAGCCAGCCAUGGAACAGCCACCUCAAUUGCUUUGUUUAUGGUACUUCGCAGCUCUUCUAUACUGGGUUUUUGGUACGGACAUAAAGAACUGUAAACAAGUAUGGCAGAGUUUGUGGUAAUAGAAAACUCAGAAGAGGAUGCUGACUGAAGACGAAAUCAUGGGCCAGGCUUUUAUCUUCCUGCUUGCCGGCUACGAGACCACCAGCAGCACCCUUGCCUUUGCUGCUUACUUGCUGGCAAUUCAUCAAGACUGCCAGGAGAAGUUGCAGAGGGAGGUGGAUGAGUUUUAUGCCAGACACGUUCACAGCAAAAGCCAAAUCCCAAAGGCAUCCUUUCACAUACUUUCCAUUCGGAGCUGGGCCCUGGAGCUGCAUUGCAAUGAGGCUGGCUUUACUGGAGGAAAAGAUAGCCAUGAUUCAGGCUGUCCAAAAAUUCACCUUUCAAUGAGCCCAGAGACUAAGGCGAAUGGUGGUCAGCAGUCCCAGUGUCUGAGUGUGGCAGUGGACAUAUCUGAAGAAGGCUGGAUUCCUCGAGCUAAAAUCCAAUUCAACCCUUGGGCUGAAAAAAUGGCAUCAUCAAAAUAGCACAAUACACUGACAGCUGAGCUGAAGGCCCCCGUGAAAUGAAGCCAUCUCCAAAUCUGUUUCUGUAUUAAUGAUUUAAUCUUCCUGUGUGAGACCCUGUUAUUUAGAGAACUGCAGGUAAUACGCAGGUGAAAGGGACCUACUUUAUAAAGUGGCUUUCUAUUAAGAAUGUUACUGUAGGUACGCUUUAGUGGUUUUAUGUUAUGUGCACUGCGAUAAAGGACUGGUGUGCUAUAAGGAGAGAGUAUGAGUCUAGGGUACAGUAGACUCUUGCUAAUCAAGGGUACAGUAAAUUCUUGCUAAUCAGAAGCAGUUGGAACCAGACCCUGUUGAGUUGUGAUUAGUUUGGAGUGAUUUUUUUAUUGUAAUUUGUAUGAUACUAAAGUACCUUGUUUAGUUUUUGCUUUGUUUUUCAUACUUCUAUUUGAUCAGUAUAGUUAAUGGAAUAAAAUCUAAAGCUAUAAAUGUUUAAAAUGCUUAUAGAAUUCUGAAAUUGUUCAGUUGCUACUGCUGUUAUCAAAAUGGUUCAUAUUAAUGGUCAACUCAGAUUACCAGGCUUCAGAUUGACAAGAGUCUACGGGCAUUAUGUUUAGUUUUUGUUUAAAAAAAAGUUUUCCUGUGGUAAACAAGCCAGACAUCCUGGAUAUCUUAAUGUAGCCAGCAACUUCGGAAUAAGACUAAGAGAUGUUAUCAAGUGCCUGUAAAUAUUGUAAUGGGAAUUUUAAGGCUUCACUAUUGGAGCAAGGACUUAAAAGUAUGUAGUUCACUAGGUACUUGCACUUUUACAUUACUUCAGGUCCAUUAUAAUCCAGCAAGGAUCAGAGUCGUCCACUAAAAGUGAAAAUCCUAUAACAAGAUUUUUUUUUUUUUUUAAACCUGGUUAACAAUAGAACCGUCAGAUUUUCAAACUACCUAGAA